GUGUGUGUGUGUUUCGAGCGCUCUCCCUGGGAAGUCAGAUCGAGGCUGGAGUUCCACUGGAACCCUGCGCUGCAUUCCAUUCCAUUCAUGCUGGGCAGCGGCAGCAAGCAGGCACGGAACCCUGACUUGCAAAAGAGGGGAGGGAGAUAGGGUGGUUUGGUGGCGAAGGAGAGGAAGCAGCAGCUGAAGGAGGUGGUGGUGGUGGUGCUAGUGGUGUGUGGAAUUUAAUUAUGGCUGGCACCUUCGAAGCAAGCUCCGAUCCAGGCUGGCUGACCGGACUGCCCCUGGCCGCAGCCCCCUAAAUGAGGAGCCUCGUGGGACCCGAGGAGCUCGCGGACCAUUAGCCCCUUCCUGCCGCUGCGCCCCCAGCCCCAUCGCAGUCAUGCGGCCACACUCCCCCUGCUCGGCUCUCUACGCGUGGACCUUCUUGCUCCUGGGAUGCCUGUGGCCGGCCGGCCGCGGCGGCCGGCAGCCUCCGUUCCGGACCUUCCCAGUGAGCGACUGGAGCCUGGCCCACCUGGUCGUGCACAACAAGACGGGGGAGGUCUACGUGGGAGCAGUCAACCGGAUAUACAAGCUGUCCAGCAACCUGACCCUGCUGCGCACCCAUGUGACGGGGCCCGUGGACGACAACGAGAAGUGCUACCCACCCCCCAGCGUCCAGUCCUGCCCGCACGGCCUGGUGACCACCAACAACGUCAACAAACUGCUGCUGGUGGACUACGCCGAGAACCGCUUGAUCGCCUGCGGCAGUGCCUCUCAGGGGAUCUGCCAGUUCCUGCGGCUGGAUGACCUGUUCAAGCUGGGGGAGCCCCACCACCGCAAGGAACACUACUUGUCCAGCGUCAACGAGUCGGGCACCAUGUCCGGGGUGAUCAUCGAGGUGCCCGAUGGGCAUGACAAGCUGUUCGUCGGCACACCCAUCGAUGGCAAGUCCGAGUAUUUCCCCACUCUGUCCAGCCGGAAGCUGAUGGAGAAUGAGGAGAAUGCCGAGAUGUUCGGCUUUGUUUAUCAGGACGAGUUUGUCUCCUCCCAGCUCAAGAUCCCCUCGGACACCCUCUCCAAGUUUCCUGCCUUUGACAUCUACUACAUCUACAGCUUCAGCAGCGAGCAGUUUGUCUACUACCUGACUCUGCAACUCGACACUCAGCUGACCUCUCCCGACUCCACGGGGGAGCAGUUCUUCACCUCCAAGAUCGUUCGCCUCUGCGUGGAUGACCCCAAGUUCUACUCCUACGUGGAGUUUCCCAUCGGCUGUGUGCAGGGCGGGGUGGAGUACCGGCUGGUUCAGGACGCCUACCUGAGCAAACCGGGCAGAGCCCUGGCCCGCCAGCUGGGGGUCUCCGAGCACGAGGACAUCCUCUUCACCGUCUUUGCCCAGGGCCAGAAGAACCGGGUGAAACCCCCCAAGGAGUCAGUCCUCUGCCUCUUCACCCUCAAGAAAAUCAAAGACAAGAUCAAGGAACGGAUCCAGUCGUGUUAUCGGGGCGAAGGCAAGCUCUCCCUUCCGUGGCUUCUCAAUAAGGAACUGGGAUGCAUUAAUUCGCCCUUGCAGAUCGAUGACAACUUCUGUGGGCAGGACUUUAACCAGCCCCUCGGUGGCACGGUUACCAUCGAGGGCACCCCACUCUUUGUGGACAAGGAGGAUGGCAUGACCUCAGUAGCUGCCUAUGACUAUCGGGGCCACACUGUGGUGUUUGCUGGGACCCGGAGUGGUCGGAUCAAAAAGAUCCUGGUGGAUUUGUCCAGCCCUGGAGGGCACCCGGCUCUGCAGUACGAGAAUGUGGUCGCCCACGAAGGCAGCUCCAUCCUGAGAGACCUGGUGCUAAGUCCCAACCGGCAAUAUAUCUAUGCCAUGACAGAGAAACAGGUGACUCGUGUCCCCGUGGAGAGCUGUGAGCAGUACAAGACCUGUGAACUGUGUCUGGGCUCCAGGGACCCCCACUGUGGGUGGUGUGUCCUGCAUAACAUCUGCUCAAGGAAGGAUCGCUGCGAGCGGGCAGAUGAGCCGCAGCGCUUUGCUUCUGACCUGCUCCAGUGUGUCCAGCUCACAGUGCGGCCCAGGAAUAUCUCCGUCACCAUGUCUGAAGUGCCGCUGGUUCUCCAGGCCUGGAAUGUCCCUGAUCUUUCAGCUGGAGUGAACUGUUCUUUUGAAGAUUUUACGGAGUCAGAGAGCCGUAUCGAAGAUGGAAAGAUCCACUGCAGCUCUCCAUCAUCCAAGGAUGUCAUCCCUAUCACCAGGGGUCAAGGGGACAAGAGGGUUGUGAAGCUUUAUCUGAAAUCUAAAGAAACAGGGAAGAAAUUUGCCGCCGUGGAUUUUGUCUUCUAUAACUGCAGCGUUCACCAAUCCUGCCUGUCGUGUGUGAAUGGCUCCUUCCCCUGCCACUGGUGUAAGUACCGCCACAUCUGCACCCACAAUGUUGCCGACUGCUCCUUCCAGGAAGGCCGGGUCAACAUGUCUGAGGACUGCCCACAGAUCCUCCCCUCCACCCAGAUCUACGUGCCUGUGGGUGUGGUGAAACCCAUCACCCUUGCAGCCAAGAAUCUGCCCCAGCCGCAGUCGGGGCAGCGAAACUACGAGUGCAUCUUCCACAUCCCUGGAAACCCCGCUCGGGUCACGGCGCUGCGAUUCAACAGCACCAGCAUCCAGUGCCAGAACACGUCGUAUUCCUAUGAAGGCAAUGACAUCAGUGACCUCCCUGUGAACCUCUCAGUGGUGUGGAAUGGCAACUUUGUUAUCGACAACCCCCAAAAUAUCCAGGCCCAUCUGUACAAGUGCUCAGCCCUCCGUGAGAGCUGUGGCCUCUGCCUCAAGGCGGAUCCCCGCUUUGAGUGCGGCUGGUGUGUGGCAGAGAGACGCUGCUCUCUGCGGCACCACUGUCUGGCCCCCGAGAUCAGCUGGAUGCAUGCCAGCAAUGGCAACAGUCGCUGCACCGACCCCAAGAUCCUCAAGCUGUCUCCUGAAACGGGCCCCCGUCAGGGUGGGACCCGGCUCACCAUCAUCGGUGAGAACCUGGGACUGAAGUUUGAGGAUGUGAGGCUGGGCGUGCGUGUAGGGAAAGUGCUGUGCAGCCCCAUCGAAAGCCAAUACAUCAGUGCUGAACAGAUCGUCUGUGAAAUUGGCGAUGCCAGCUCUAGUCGGGCCCAUGAUGCCCAGGUGGAGGUGUGUGUGCGGGACUGUUCCCCCAACUACAGAGCCAUGUCUCCGAGGCGCUUUACGUUUGUGACCCCCACCUUUUACCGCGUCAGCCCGGCCCGCGGCCCGCUCUCCGGAGGCACCUGGAUUGGCAUUGAGGGCAAUCAUCUGAAUGCGGGCAGUGAUGUCUCUGUCACUAUUGGGGGACGACCCUGCACCUUCUCAUGGAGGAAUGCUCGAGAGAUCCGGUGCCGCACCCCACCGGGACAGAGCCCUGGUGGCUCCCCCAUCAUCAUCAACAUCAACCGGGCAGAACUCAUCAAUUCCGAGGUCAAGUACAACUACACGGAGGAUCCCACCAUCCAGAAGAUUGACCCCGAAUGGAGCAUCAACAGUGGCGGAACCCUUCUCACCGUGACAGGAACCAAUCUGGCCACAAUCAGGGAACCUCGGAUCCGAGCCAAGUACGGCAGUGCCGAGCGGGAGAAUAACUGCAUUGUGUACAAUGACACCACCAUGGUGUGCCUGGCGCCCUCCAUCAACAACCCCACCCGCAGCCCCCCGGAGAUGGGUGAUCGGCCAGACGAGCUGGGCUUUGUCAUGGACAAUGUGCAGUCCCUGCUCAUUGUCAACACCACCAACUUUCUCUACUACCCGGAUCCUGUCUUUGAGCCUCUCAGUCCCUCAGGAAUCCUGGAGCUCAAACCCAGCUCACCCCUCAUUCUCAAGGGCCGGAAUUUGCUUCCUCCAGCAUCCGGGAACUCCCGACUCAACUAUACAGUGCUCAUUGGUGCCACACCUUGUGUUCUGACCAUCUCUGAGACCCAGCUCCUCUGCGAAUCGCCAAACCUCACCGGCCAGCAUAAAGUCACGAUCAAGGCAGGCGGCUUUGAGUUCUCUCCAGGGAUGCUGCAGGUGUACUCGGACAGCCUGCUGACCCUGCCGGCCAUCAUCGGCAUCGGGGGAGGUGGGGGCCUCCUCCUGCUCAUCAUCAUCAUUGUCCUCAUCGCCUACAAACGCAAGUCCCGGGAUGCCGACCGCACCCUCAAACGCCUCCAGUUACAGAUGGACAAUCUAGAGUCUCGAGUGGCCCUGGAAUGCAAAGAAGCCUUUGCGGAGCUGCAGACUGACAUCCAUGAGUUGACCAAUGACUUGGAUGGAGCAGGCAUCCCCUUCUUGGACUAUCGCACCUAUGCCAUGAGGGUCCUUUUUCCAGGGAUUGAGGACCACCCAGUGCUGAAGGAGAUGGAGGUGCAGGCCAAUGUGGAAAAGUCCUUAACACUUUUUGGGCAGCUCCUGACCAAGAAGCAUUUCCUGUUGACCUUCAUCCGCACCCUGGAGGCCCAACGUAGCUUCUCCAUGCGUGACCGGGGCAAUGUAGCCUCGCUCAUCAUGACCGCCCUGCAGGGCGAGAUGGAGUAUGCCACAGGUGUCCUGAAGCAGCUCCUUUCUGAUCUCAUUGAGAAGAACCUGGAGAGCAAGAAUCACCCCAAGCUGCUCCUGAGGAGAACUGAGUCAGUGGCAGAGAAGAUGCUGACCAAUUGGUUCACGUUCCUGCUGUACAAGUUUCUCAAGGAGUGUGCAGGAGAGCCACUGUUCAUGUUGUACUGUGCCAUCAAGCAGCAGAUGGAGAAAGGCCCCAUCGAUGCCAUCACAGGCGAGGCUCGCUACUCCCUGAGCGAAGACAAGCUCAUCCGUCAGCAGAUCGACUACAAAAUGCUGACCCUGAACUGUGUGAAUCCCGAAAAUGAGAAUGCUCCUGAGAUCCCUGUAAAGGUUCUGAACUGCGACACCAUCACCCAGGUGAAGGAGAAGCUCCUGGAUGCCGUGUAUAAGGGAGUCCCCUACUCCCAGAGGCCCAAGGCUGGGGAUAUGGAUCUGGUAGAAUGGCGCCAGGGCAGGAUGGCCAGAAUCAUCCUACAAGAUGAAGACGUGACCACCAAAAUAGACAAUGACUGGAAGAGGCUCAACACCCUGGCUCACUAUCAGGUGACGGAUGGCUCUUCAGUGGCACUGGUGCCUAAACAGAACUCGGCCUACAACAUAUCCAACUCCUCUACCUUCACCAAGUCACUCAGCAGAUAUGAGAGCAUGCUGAGAACCGCCAGCAGCCCUGACAGCCUGCGCUCUCGGACCCCUAUGAUUACCCCUGACUUGGAGAGUGGCACCAAGCUCUGGCACCUGGUGAAGAACCACGACCACAUGGACCAACGGGAGGGGGAUCGAGGCAGCAAGAUGGUCUCUGAGAUCUAUCUGACUCGCCUGUUGGCUACAAAGGGAACCUUGCAGAAGUUUGUGGAUGACCUCUUUGAGACCAUCUUCAGCACUGCCCACCGGGGCAGCGCCCUCCCUCUUGCAAUCAAAUACAUGUUCGACUUUCUUGAUGAGCAAGCAGACAAGCAUCAGAUCAAUGACUAUGAUGUCCGGCACACCUGGAAGAGCAACUGUCUACCUCUGCGUUUUUGGGUGAACGUGAUUAAGAAUCCCCAGUUCGUGUUUGACAUUCACAAGAACAGUAUUACGGAUGCCUGCCUCUCUGUGGUGGCCCAGACUUUCAUGGACUCGUGCUCCACCUCUGAGCAUAAGCUGGGCAAGGACUCUCCCUCCAACAAGCUGCUGUACGCCAAGGACAUCCCCAACUACAAGAGCUGGGUGGAGAGGUAUUACGCAGAUAUUGCAAAGAUGCCAGCAAUCAGUGACCAGGACAUGAGUGCAUACCUGGCAGAACAGUCACGGUUACACCUGAGCCAGUUCAACAGCAUGAGUGCUCUGCAUGAGAUUUACUCGUACAUCACUAAGUACAAGGAUGAGAUUUUAGCUGCUUUGGAGAAGGACGAGCAGGCACGGAGGCAGCGGCUGCGGAGCAAGCUGGAGCAGGUGAUCGACACGAUGGCUCUGAGCAGCUGAAAAGGCCAGGGAGGCCUUGGUGACUUUUCCUAGCAGUGGACUCUGAGAGAGAGAGAGAGAGAGAGGCCAACAGAGGUGGCAGCGAUGGCAGCAGCAUUCUCAGGGGCCAGGGAGGGGAAGCCCACAAGGCCCCUUCCUGAAACACUGAACACCGGCAAGCAACAAAAAUGAUCUGCCAGGAGAGGACUAUCAUAUAAAGAGAGACUUCUCUGAGGAGUGAAGUAGGACAUGGCCUGAAAAGAGCCAAGGAGCAAGGCCAGGCCCUCCUGGCAGGCCCUGGCCCAGACUCCUCUCUUCAUUCAAUUGUAUUUAUUGAGCGUUUACUGUGUGCAAAGCACUGUACUAAGCGCUUGGGAGAGUACAAAGUGACAAUAAACAGACACAUUCCCUGCCCUCUCUGAUCCAGGCCAAGAUGGGAGGUCCCGGGGCUGCCUGCAUUCCCUUCUAGGACAAUGUUUUCAUUUGGUUAUUAUGUGGUUGGCUUCCUGUUUUCCCUUUUCCACCCCCUCUCAUGUCGGUUUUUGGUUUGGAUUUGUCCAAAUGGGAUUAUAUUCUUCCUCUACCAA